GGAAACAAUUUAGAUCCAGUUUUCAACGUGGGUCUGCCAUGCCACAAAGGGACGAUGUCCGCGAACACAAGGUGAGGCUAUCUUUGCCAUCGUUAACGGUCAUUGAAAGAUCAGGUUCCGAGAAUUGCGCUCCGCCUGUGAAUUGCCAAACAGAUCGCUCCCAGGGCGGAAUCCAGAAGGCUUUGGGGGAAGUCCAUGUUGCCCUCAAGGCCUCAGAGCAGCUAUUGCGCCCACGCAUCUCGCCGCGGCCGCUGACCAGCCGGGAGAGCCGAGGCGACAGCGGAGCAUCGCCGAGAUUUCACAAAGAUCUGGCAGAAGUUCCAGCGGUGCCCAGUUGGCUCCGACAGCCACAAUGGAAAACUCGAAGCUCAGGACUCACGCGACGUCGCAUGAGUACUGGCUCGAUUGCACCAGGCAAUUCAGGCAAGGAGUUGCCGGACGCAGUGUCCGGCAGACCCACUGCGCUGGCGCAAGCGCGAUCCUUGCACAAGGAGAUGGUUCAAGCAGAAGAACGAUCCAGGCAGUUCAGCCUCAGCAUCUACAAGCGCCUUGGUCAGGCUGUCAUGUCCCCCGACCCCGGACGUGAAGCACCAAGCGUAUCAAGCAGUAUCAAACAGUACCAAUCACCACAACAUUCACAACAUUCACAGCAUUCACAUCACUGGUUCAGGUGGCUUUAGCCUAGUGAGAUGUGGACCACGGCCGUGUCUUGGG